CGCCCCUCCCCGGCUCCUCCUCAGCUCCGCGCCGCACCCGCUCUCCCGGAAGGUGGUGUGUGGGGAGCCCUGGACCAGAACUGGAGCCCGUGCCUGUCCAUGCUGGGGGUCCCAGCACUCCGGCGGCCUCGGCUGUGUGCACAGGACGAAACGGGCUCUGCGCCCCCCGCACUUGUUGCUAGGUGAAGCCAAGAAUCUGCCCAGCUACCCAGGGCCCAACAAGAUGCGGGACUGCUACUGCACCGUGAACCUGGACCAGGAGGAGGUUUUCAGGACCAAGAUUGUGGAGAAGUCGCUCUGCCCCUUCUACGGAGAAGACUUCUACUGCGAGAUUCCUCGGAGCUUCCGUCACCUGUCCUUCUACGUCUUUGAUAGAGACGUUUUCCGGAGGGAUUCCAUCAUAGGGAAGGUGGCCAUUCAGAAGGAGGACCUGCAGAAGUACCACAACAGGGACACUUGGUUCCAGCUGCAGCAUGUGGAUGCUGAUUCGGAAGUGCAGGGCAAGGUCCACCUGGAGCUGCGGCUGAGUGAGGUCAUCACCGACACAGGCGUUGUCUGCCACAAGCUGGCCACGCGUGUCCUCGAGUGCCAAGGCCUCCCCAUCGUGAACGGGCAGUGUGAUCCCUAUGCCACUGUGACCCUAGCAGGACCAUACAGGUCAGAAGCAAAGAAGACAAAAGUGAAGAAGAAGACCAACAACCCCCAGUUUGAUGAGGUGUUUUAUUUUGAGGUGACCAGGCCCUCCAGCUACAGCCGGAAGUCCCACUUCGACUUUGAGGACGAGGAUGUGGACAAACUCGAAAUCCGGGUUGACCUCUGGAACGCCAGUAACCUGAAAUUUGGAGAUGAGUUUCUGGGAGAACUGAGGAUUCCGCUGACGGUGCUGCGGCAGUCUAGCUCCUAUGAGGCCUGGUACUUCCUGCAGCCCCGAGACAGCGGCAGCAAGAGCCUGAAGCCGGGGGACCUGGGGUCCCUGCGGCUGAAUGUGGUUUACACGGAGGACCACGUCUUCUCCUCUGACUACUACAGCCCUCUGCGUGACCUGCUGCUCAAGUCGGCGGACGUGGAGCCCGUCUCGGCGUCGGCGGCGCAUGUCCUGGGCGAGGUCUGCAGAGAGAAGCAGGAGGCGGCCAUCCCGCUGGUGCGGCUCUUCCUGCACUACGGCCGGGUGGUGCCCUUCAUCAGCGCCAUUGCCAACGCGGAGGUGCAGAGGACGCAGGACCCCAACACCAUUUUCCGAGGAAACUCGUUAACAUCCAAGUGCAUUGACGAGACAAUGAAGCUGGCGGGCAUGCAAUAUCUGCACGUCACCCUGAAGCCCACCAUAGAGGAGAUCUGCCAGAGCCACAAACCCUGUGAGAUCGACCCCGUGAAGUUGAAAGACGGUGAAAACCUCGAAAGCAACAUGGAGAACCUGCGGCAGUACGUCGACCGCAUCUUCAACGUCAUCACCAAGUCGGGGGUGAGCUGCCCGACCGUCAUGUGCGACAUUUUCUUCUCCCUCCGCGAGGCGGCUGCCAAGCGCUUCCAAGAUGACCCGGACGUGAGGUACACAGCUGUGAGCAGCUUCAUUUUCCUGAGAUUCUUUGCUCCUGCCAUUCUGUCCCCCAACCUCUUCCAGCUCACGCCUCACCACACGGACCCGCAAACUUCCCGGACGCUGACCCUCAUCUCAAAGACGAUUCAGACUCUUGGCAGCUUAUCCAAGUCAAAGUCUGCCAGUUUCAAGGAAUCCUACAUGGCUGCAUUCUAUGAAUUCUUCAAUGAGCAGAAAUACGCUGAUGCAGUAAAAAACUUCUUGGAUUUGAUCUCAUCCUCCGGGAGAAGAGACCCGAAGAGCGUGGAGCAGCCCAUCCUGCUGAAGGAGGGGUUCAUGAUUAAGAGGGCACAAGGACGAAAACGCUUUGGGAUGAAGAAUUUUAAGAAAAGAUGGUUCCGCCUGACAAACCACGAAUUUACCUACCAGAGAAACAAAGGAGACCAGCCGCUCUGCAGCAUUCCCAUCGAGAACAUCCUGGCGGUGGAGCAGCUGGAGGAGGAGUCCUUCAAGAUGAAGAAUAUGUUCCAGGUCAUCCAGCCUGAGCGAGCCCUGUACAUCCAGGCCAACAACUGCGUGGAGGCCAAGGCCUGGAUUGACAUCCUCACCAAAGUGAGCCAGUGCAACCAGAAGCGCCUCACUGUCUACCACCCCUCCGCCUACCUCAACGGCCACUGGCUGUGCUGCAGGGCGGCCUCGGACACGGCCGCCGGCUGCUCCCCCUGCACCGGCGGCCUCCCAGCAAACAUUCAGCUGGACAUCGACGGGGACCGUGAGACGGAACGCAUCUACUCACUGUUUAACUCAUACAUGAGCAAGCUGGAGAAGAUGCAAGAGGCCUGUGGGAGCAGAUCCGUGUACGCCGGGCCGGAACAGGAGGAGUACUCGACCUUCCUCAUCGACGACCCCCAGGAGACCUACAAGACGCUGAAGCAGGUCAUUGCCGGGGUUGUGGCCUUGGAGCAGGAGCACGCCCAGUACAAAAGGGACAAGUUCAAGAAGACCAAGUAUGGGAGCCAGGAGCACCCCAUCGGAGACAAGAGCUUCCAGAGCUACAUCCGGCAGCAGUCUGAGGUCUCCACCCAUUCCAUGUGAGGCCAGUCCCGGGGAAGGAGGGAGACGAGGGUGGAGCGAGCGAAAGGACCCACGUCGGCAGCUCGCAGGGACGAAGGCGUUGAGCUCGCGGCCUCCAGAGGCUCCGGGGCCGUUUUUGUGGCUGCCGCCCACUUGAGUCACGCCAGUGGCCAGUGACCUGAGCUGGCCUUUGUGGAACGCGGUGCCAGCGACAUGCACCCUUGGCAGAGCGUGUGCUUCUCGCACAUGCGCUUUUGCUGGCUCUGCAGUGUUUGCACGCAGGGAGCCUUCCAGCUCUCUUCUCUGACGUUCUGCUUCAACACGGCCGGGACGUUGAGAGCACUGUUCUUUCCCGGGAGCUGCCAGCCCGACGGCCAUGGGCGAGCCCUCCUGCUUUCAGCUUUGAUUGUUGGGGUUCCUCCUGCUGGAGGUUCCAUUUGUGCUGGGAUGUGCAGAACUGCACUGAGGUCCCGAUUUGAGGAUGCUCUUGAUAUUUCAGGGUACAGGGUCCUCCUGCAGAGAGUUCGUGGGGCGGGGGGGUCGAGUCUUCCCUCCGGAGGUUGGAGCCCCGCUCCUGCCAGCUGCUGUGAGGUGCCCACAGCCUGCGGUGCCACCAGAGCCACGAGAGGCUGAGCCGGUGUCUGCUAGGGCCCCACUUCAAGCACAAAUUGUGUUGUUUUGCUGUCCAUGGGCUUAAGAGUAGCAUCCACGUUUGCCACCCCUUGUGGAAGUUGGGGGAAAUUUUUAAAAUAGAAAUGUGCAUUAUUUCCCAGCUGUUUUGCUUCAUGUUUUUAAAGGACUGUUUUUAAUUAGCUCUUUGAUGUAAAGUAACUCAGAACAUCUAGCCUGUACUCAUUGAAGGCAGGGUGCCGUGGAAGGGCAAAAAGGGACAUGGUGUGUCUCGUGGAAGCCAAGUAAAGUCCUCCAGAGAAAACCGAGGAAGGGAAGAAGCCCUGAGCCUGCAGACGCCCGAGCCCAGCAUCAGGAUUUCACCAUGUCUCUGAAGCCCCUGGAAGCUGUCAGGGCCCUGGUGGGGCUGCUUGUCUACUGGGGUGGGGGUCCUCACAUGGGCGGUCAGCCCUCCAGCUGCUGGCUGGCUUUUCCCAGCCCGUCCUUACGGCAGCCGGCACCAGCUGUUCAGACACGUGGGACCAUGUGCCCCGUGCCCAUCUCUGCUCUUGUGUGCAAACGCUGUCCUUCAGACUCUUAAUCUGGAUGGCAGAUAGUAAGUUACUUGUUGUCACAAAAAUGGCCGAGGAAAAUGUUGCAAAAAAUAAACUGUGGGAUACACAGCUAUUAGGCUGCACCGAACUUCAAUUUUUAACAUGGAUUUGUAACUUAAUGUUUCUGUUUAUAAGAUACUGAUGAUUUGCAAUGUAUUUUACUGCCAAUUAAAACAGACAUUCUAUUCUUA